GCCGCCUGUGACACGUUCUGCGUCGGCGAUGACACCAACUUGGACGUCCACGACUUCUUCAAAGCCAAAGGCAGCUGGCAGAGGUCCAUGUACCGCAUGUCCAUCCAGGCCUCCUCUGCGGAUCUCAUCUCCGGUCUUUCUCAGGUUCACAGGCGGAAGGUCUACGAGGCGACAUUAAUUUCUAAGGAGAAUUUACAGAAUGAGAAGUCCAGCCGCUCCACCAUCUUGCUCAAGAUGAACACCAAUGGCCAGAAUGAGCUGACGUACGCUCCUGGAGACCACCUCGGUGUCUUCCCCUGUAACCGGGAGGAACUGGUGCAGGCUCUGCUGGAACGCGUGGAAGACCCUCCUCCGGCCAACGACUCAGUGCAGGUGGAGAUUAUGGACAAGGACUCAAACCUACGGCUGGGGACUGGUCGUAAGGCUACCUGGGUCCCUGACACUAGAAUCCCCCCCUGUACACUACGACAGGCCCUGACAAACUACCUGGACAUCACUACACCCCCCACACCCCAACUCCUCCAGCUGCUCAGUGCCUUAGCAGAAGAUCCAGAGGAACGACAAAGACUGGAGACCCUCAGCCAGGAUGCCAGACAGUACGAGGAGUGGAAGUGGCACCGGUGUCCGACCCUGGUGGAGGUGCUGGAGGAGUUCCCAUCCAUCAGUGUCCCCAGCUCGGUUCUCCUCACACAGCUGCCCCUCCUCCAGCCGCGAUACUACUCAAUCAGCUCCUCCCUGGACGCCCACCCUGACCAGAUCCACCUGACCGUGGCGGUUGUUAUGUAUCACACACAGGAAAACAAAGGUCCUCUGCAUUAUGGUGUUUGCUCAACAUGGCUGGACCAUCUGACUCCUGGAGCGCAUAUCCCUUGUUUUGUCAGAGGGGCUCCGACUUUCCAGCUCCCAUCUGACGUUACGGCUCCGUGUAUCCUGGUGGGGCCGGGGACGGGUAUUGCACCUUUCAGGGGCUUCUGGCAGCAGAGACUUUAUGACAUUGAGAAUAAAGGUUUGGUUCCUGGAGAAAUGACUUUGGUUUUCGGAUCCCGAUGUGCAGAACUGGACCACAUAUACAAAGAGGAGACGUACGACGCCCAGAAGAGGGGCGCCCUCAGACAGAUCUACACGGCCUUCUCACGACAACCGGGCUGCCCCAAGACCUAUGUCCAGGACAUCCUGCGCACUCAGCUGGCGUGUCACGUGUACGAUGUGCUGCGGGAGCAGAACGGACACAUGUACAUAUGUGGGGAUGUCACCAUGGCCACCGACGUCCUGCAGACGGUUCAGCUCAUAUUGGUGUCUCAGGGCGACAUGAGCAUCGUGGAAGCUGGAGACUACAUUGGGGAGCUGAGGGACCAGAACAGAUACCACGAGGACAUUUUUGGCAUCACACUGAGGACUCAGGAGGUGACGUCUCGUGUGCGCGUUCAGUCCAUGUCCCUGCAGGAGAAGCGAGAGGUGUGAUGGACGCACACGGGACGUGUUCACACUUAGAGGGGAGCGGACACUGCAGACCCUUAUUACAUGAAAAGAUCCUAUAAGGGGGGUAAACAGCGAUACCCAAAAAGCCUGUCACAACACUGGGUCAGACUCUGCGGCAGCCAAUCAAAUCAGUGAUAACUUGCACUAAAUCCCUAAGAGUUGAUAUCUGAUUGGCUGUGGCCAUUUACAGUGGAUUUCAUGUUUUCUUUUUUUGUCCCUUUGGGCCCUAACAUGUGAAGAUUGACAGUCAGCCUGACUUUGUUGCCCUCAAAAAACCAAUCAGAGCUCAACUUACAUUUCUGCCCAUAGCAACCAGAACUCAGCUUUGAUUUCUGUCCUUAGCAACCAGAGCUCAGCAUUCAUGUAUGCCCCCCCCCCCCCCGCAACCAAUCAGAGCUCUGCUUUCAUUUCUGCCCAUAGCAACCUGAGCUCAGCUUUCAUUUCAGCCCAUAGUAAAAAGCAAAACAAAGCUUUUAUUUCAGCCCAUAGCAACCACAGCUCAGCCUUCAUUUCUGCCCAUAGCAACCAGAGCUCAUCUUUAUUUGUGUCCAUAGCAACCAAUUAAGGAUCAGCUUUUAUUUCUGCGUAUAGCAUUCAAAGCUUUGCUUUCAUUUUGUCCAUAGCAACCAUUCAGAGCUCUGCUUUCAUUUCAGCCCAUAGCAACCUGAGCUCAGCUUUCAUUUCAGCCCAUAGUAAAUAAGCAAAACACAACUUUUAUUUCUGCCCAUAGUAACCAAUAAGAGCUUACUAUUGAUUUCUGCCCAUAGCAACCAAUCUGAGUCUAGCUUUCAUUUCUGCCCAUAGCAACCAGAGUUCACCUUUAUUUCUGCCCAUAGCAACCAAUUAGGGAUCAGCUUUCAUUUCUGCUCAUAGCAUCCAGACUUUUUCUUUUAUUUUUGCCCAUAGCAACCAGAGCUUUGCUUUCAUUUCAGCCCAUAGCAACUAAGCAGAACACAGAUUUUAUUUUUGCCCAUAGCAACUAGAGCUCAGCUGUUCAUCUCUUCCCAUAGCAACCAGAGCUCAGCUUUAAUUUUUUAGAACUGCUCUUUAAAAAUGAAAGCUGAGCUCUGAUUGGUUGCUAUGGGCAACAAAGAAUUUUUACUGUUGGUUAACUUUACUUUUAAAUGAAGUUUGGUUGGGCAUGCUGGGGGUCCGCAGUCUGGAGACCCCUAACCUAAAGUCACAAUGAAAAAAGUCGUCAGUCACGCAAUUUCCCCCUUACACUGAUCAUGAUGUCCCUCACGCAU